AUGAGUGGCCGUUCUAUCCCAUACUCCAGUGCCCCGCUCCGUUCCGUCAAGGAAGUCCAAUUUGGUCUUCUUUCCCCGGAAGAAAUUCGCGCAAUUUCCGUUGCCAAGAUUGAGUACCCUGAAACCAUGGAUGAGUCCCGUCAGAAACCGAGAGAAAGUGGUUUGAACGAUCCGAGGUUAGGCUCCAUCGACCGUAACUUCAAGUGCCAGACUUGUGGUGAAGACAUGAACGAGUGUCCCGGGCAUUUCGGGCACAUAGAGCUCGCCAAGCCGGUUUUCCACAUCGGGUUCAUCGCCAAGAUCAAGAAGGUUUGCGAGUGUAUCUGUAUGAACUGUGGUAAGUUACUUUUGGACGACACUAACCCAAUGAUGUUCCAGGCAAUGAAGAUCAGAGACCCGAAGAAGCGUUUCAACGCUGUCUGGAACUUAUGUAAAACUAAAAUGGUCUGUGAGGCUGACUUGCCCUCCGACGAUGCCUUUGACAAGCCGGUGACCCGUGGUGGGUGCGGUAAUUCGCAGCCGACCGUCCGUAAGGAUGGGUUGAAGUUGUGGGGUACCUGGAAGAAGGACAAGAACUACGAGGAGAACGAGCAGCCGGAACGUCGCGUCUUGACCCCGACGGAGAUUCUCAACGUUUUCAAGCACAUCAGCCCUGAGGACUGCCACAGAUUGGGGUUCAACGAAGACUACGCACGUCCCGAAUGGAUGUUGAUCACCGUGUUGCCUGUUCCUCCGCCGCCAGUCCGUCCGUCGAUUGCGUUCAACGAAACCGCCAGAGGUGAGGAUGAUUUGACCUACAAGCUUGCCGAAGUCUUGAAGACGAACAUUUCUGUCCAGAAGUUGGAGAUGGAUGGGUCCCCACAGCACGUCAUCAGUGAAAUCGAGACCUUGCUCCAGUUCCACGUCGCGACCUACAUGGAUAACGACAUUGCCGGGCAGCCGCAGGCUAUGCAGAAAUCUGGUCGUCCGAUCAAGUCCAUCAGAGCCAGAUUAAAGGGUAAGGAAGGUCGUCUUAGAGGUAACUUGAUGGGGAAGCGUGUGGAUUUCUCGGCCCGUACCGUCAUUUCCGGUGACCCUAACUUGGACUUGGACCAAGUCGGUGUGCCAAAGUCGAUUGCCCGUACCUUGACCUACCCCGAAAUCGUCACCCCUUACAACAUUCACCGCCUUACAGAGUUGGUGCGUAACGGUCCGAACGAACAUCCGGGCGCCAAGUAUGUGAUCCGUGAUACCGGUGACCGUAUCGAUCUCCGGUACCACAAGAGGGCUGGUGACAUUGCGUUGCAGUACGGCUGGAAGGUGGAGCGCCACCUUAUGGAUGACGACCCCGUAUUGUUCAACCGUCAGCCGUCCUUGCACAAGAUGUCCAUGAUGGCGCAUAGAGUUAAGGUCAUGCCUUACUCCACCUUCAGGCUUAACUUGUCCGUCACCUCUCCGUACAACGCCGAUUUCGACGGUGAUGAGAUGAACUUGCACGUACCGCAGUCCGAGGAGACGAGAGCGGAGUUGUCCCAGAUCUGUGCCGUUCCGUUGCAGAUCAUCUCUCCACAAUCCAACAAGCCGAUCAUGGGUAUCGUGCAAGACACUUUAUGUGGUGUGCGUAAGAUGACUCUCCGUGACAACUUCGUGGAGUACGACCAGGUGAUGAACAUGUGUUUCUGGAUUCCAGACUGGGAUGGAGUGAUCCCAGAGCCGGCGAUCUUGAAGCCAAAGCCGUUGUGGACCGGUAAGCAGUUGUUAUCCUUGUGUAUUCCAAAGGGUAUCCACUUACAGAGGUUUGACGGUGGCGCCUCGUGGUCCAGUCCGACCGAUUCGGGGAUGCUUAUCAUCGACGGUGAGGUCUUGUUUGGCGUUGUUGACAAGAAGACCGUCGGUGCUACCGCCGGCGGUUUGAUCCACACAGUCAUGAGAGAGAAGGGGUCUGCCGUCUGUGCCAAGUUGUUUGGUAACAUGCAGAAAGUGGUAAACUUCUGGUUGUUGCACAACGGGUUCUCCAUUGGUAUCGGUGACACCAUUGCCGAUGCAAGUACCAUGAGAGAAAUCACCAACACCAUUUCCGAGGCCAAGGAGAAGGUGCAGGAGAUCAUCUUACUGGCCCACCUCAACACCUUGGAGCCGGAGCCAGGUAUGACCUUGCGUGAGUCUUUCGAGAAUAACGUCUCUCGUGUGUUGAACCAGGCUCGUGAUACUGCUGGUCGUUCUGCUGAAAUGAACUUGAAGGAUUUGAACAAUGUGAAGCAGAUGGUUGUGUGUGGGUCCAAGGGUUCGUUUAUUAAUAUUUCCCAGAUGUCCGCCUGCGUUGGGCAGCAGAUUGUUGAAGGUAGGCGUAUUCCGUUCGGGUUUGCCGACCGUACCUUACCGCAUUUCACAAAGGAUGACUACUCUCCAGAGUCCAAGGGUUUCGUUGAGAACUCGUACCUUAGAGGGUUGACGCCACAGGAGUUCUUCUUCCACGCCAUGGCUGGUCGUGAAGGUCUUAUCGAUACCGCUGUGAAGACUGCCGAAACCGGUUACAUCCAGCGUCGUUUGGUUAAGGCCUUGGAAGACAUCAUGGUGCACUACGAUUCCACCGCCAGAAACUCGUUGGGUGAUGUGAUCCAGUUCGUGUACGGUGAAGAUGGUAUUGAUGGUACCCAGGUGGAGAAGCAGACCAUCGACACCAUUCCGGGUUCCGAUGUUGUGUUUGACCGUCGUUACCGUAUCGACCUUUUGGACAAUACCCACGGCAUCAACCCAUCUUUGUUGGAGUCCGGCAGUGAAAUUGUCGGUGACGUGAAGUUGCAGAAGAUUGUGGACGAGGAGUACAACCAGUUGUUGUCUGACCGUAAGUACUUGAGAGAGGUGUGUUUCCCUAACGGUGACCACAACUGGCCUUUGCCAGUCAACCUCCGUCGUGUUGUUCAAAACGCUCAGCAGAUUUUCCACGUUGACCGUGCUAAAGCCAGUGAUUUGACCCUCGACGAGAUUGUGACCAAGGUCCAAGUCUUGUGUUCCAAGCUUCUCGUGAUUCGCGGUAAGACUGAGCUUAUGCAGGAGGCCCAGUCCAACGCUACCUUGUUGUUCCUGUGCCUUUUGCGUUCCCGUCUUUCUGCCCGUCGUGUCUUGGAGGAGUACAGACUUAACCGUUUGGCCUUUGACUGGAUUGUCGGUGAGGUUGAGGCCCAGUUCCAGAAGUCUAUUGUCCACCCCGGUGAGAUGGUUGGUGUGGUUGCCGCCCAGUCCAUUGGUGAACCGGCUACCCAGAUGACCUUGAACACUUUCCAUUACGCGGGUGUAUCGUCCAAGAACGUGACUCUUGGUGUGCCUCGUCUUAAGGAAAUUCUUAACGUCGCGAAGAACAUCAAGACGCCGGCUCUUACGGUGUACUUGGAGCCGGAAAUCGCUGCUGACAUCGAAAAGGCCAAGGUUAUCCAGUCUGCUAUCGAACACACUUCUUUGAAGAACGUGACGUCUGCCACUGAAAUUUACUACGACCCCGAUCCAAGAACCACUGUUAUUGAGGAGGAUCUCGACACUGUCGAGUCUUUCUUUGCCAUUCCGGAUGAGAAGGUUGAGGAAUCCAUCGACAAGCAGUCGCCGUGGUUGCUUCGUCUUGAGCUUGAUCGUGCCAAAAUGUUGGAUAAAGAGUUGACAAUGAGUCAAGUUGCGGAGAAGAUCUCCAAAUCGUUUGGGAAGGAUCUUUUCGUCAUCUGGUCCGAAGAUAAUGCUGACAAGCUUAUCAUCCGUUGUCGUGUAGUUCGUGAUCCAAAGGACAUGGAUGAGGAUGCUGACGCUGAAGAAGAUCAGAUGCUUAAGCUUAUCGAGGCCAACAUGCUUGAAGAGAUCUCUCUUAGGGGUAUCCCAGGUAUCACCAGAGUGUUUAUGAUGCAACACAAGAGAAAUGAGCCGGAUGCCACCGGUGAGUACAAGCAAGGCAUGGAGUGGGUGCUUGAAACGGAUGGAUGUAACUUGGCCGAUGUGAUGUCCGUGCCUGGUGUCGACUCGAGCCGUAUUUACUCCAACUCGUUCGUUGAGGUGCUUACUGUUCUCGGGAUCGAAGCGACUCGUGCAGCUUUGUACAGAGAAAUCCAGAACGUGUUGGGUUUCGAUGGUUCUUACGUCAACUACCGCCAUAUGGCUAUUUUGGUCGAUGUCAUGACGUCUCGUGGCCACCUUAUGGCCAUUACUCGUCACGGUAUCAACAGAAACGAUACGGGUGCUCUUAUGCGUUGUUCGUUUGAGGAAACCGUUGAGAUUCUUCUCGAAGCCGGUGCUGCUGCCGAGUUGGACGAUUGUCGUGGUAUUUCCGAGAACGUUAUGUUAGGCCAAAUUGCUCCGUUGGGUACCGGUGCGUUCGAUGUCAUGGUCGAUGAGAGUAUGUUGAGCUCUCUUCCAAUAAACAACAACUUGCAAGUGGUUCCUAUUGGUAACCAGGCUUCUGAUGGUGCUGCUACUCCGUACGACAACCAUGGUGCGGACCAGGAUGAUUGGGUGCAAGGUGGCGAUGACAUUAUGUUUUCUCCUAUGGCUGAUGCCGGUCACGGUGACGAGGAGCGUGGUGGUCUUACUGCCUAUGGUGACCAAAGUGCUUACCAGCCAACUUCCCCAGGUAUGUCUGCGACUUCACCCUUCAGCUAUGCGCCUACCUCCCCAGGCUACGGUGUCACCUCGCCAAGCUUUGGUGUCACUUCCCCAACCUACUCCCCAACGUCACCUACCUACUCUCCUACCUCGCCAUCUUACUCCCCAACGUCGCCAAGCUACUCCCCAACCUCCCCGUCGUACUCCCCAACCUCUCCGUCGUACUCCCCAACCUCCCCAUCGUACUCUCCAACCUCCCCAUCGUACUCCCCAACCUCUCCGUCAUACUCUCCAACCUCCCCAUCGUACUCCCCAACCUCUCCAUCAUACUCUCCAACCUCUCCUUCCUACUCCCCAACCUCUCCUUCCUACUCUCCUACCUCUCCUUCCUACUCUCCUACCUCUCCUUCCUACUCUCCUACCUCUCCUUCUUACUCUCCUACCUCCCCAUCGUACUCGCCAACCUCCCCGCAGUACUCUCCAACCUCUCCAUCGUACUCUCCAACCUCUCCAUCAUACUCUCCAACAUCCCCAAGUUACUCCCCUACAUCUCCACAAUACACUCCGGGCUCACCUACUUACGACCCUGAGAGUAACAACAAGAAUAACUAG